UAAAACAUUUCAAACAAUGUCAACUUGUGUAUUUCAUAAAAAUGUCUAGCAAGCGACAAUCUCCCAAGCUCAAAAAGCACAAGAAACCAAAAAAUGAGCCCGUGGCCAAACCCGUUGAGUGCGUGCCCAUAGUGAAGCCGGAAAAGCAGCCCAAGCGCCGAGAUGAGGAAGCGUCCUGCAAUCGUCCGCGACACUAUCGCUCGGCGAGCGAGCAGCGCGAUUAUUUGCAGAAGGAAGCGGUGCCCAUAUUGAUGGAGGGCAUGCUGGCGCUGGCACGUGAGCAGCCCAAAGAUCCCAUAACAUAUCUCGAGCGCUUCUGGCUGCAGCAGCAACAAAAGUGCGACAUACCCUUGCCCGAGAAUUUGCUAUGAGCGAUGCAAAGGGAAUUGCAUAAUCAAAUUUCAAAAUUGUAAACUACACUUUAGUUCGAGCAUAUUAAAUGUUUAAUCAAGCAGCAAGUUGCUUGCGUAU